AUGACUACUGUUUGGAUAACAUUAAAGUUGUUCCUUCUUUCAUUAGCAGAAAUUAUAAAAUUAUAUUUAAUUACAAAACUUCAAGAAUUUGAAGAUUUGAACAAUCCUUUGACGUUAAAAAUAGAAGCAGCAUUUGAUAAGUUAAAUAUCAGCGAAAAGAUGGAAGCAUUAAUUAUGUUCAUGUAUGUAUUGAGAGAAUCUUCUAUUAAUCAACUAAAUCAAGAACAUGUUGAUUUCAAAAUACCUAACUGA